AUCGAAGUGCGCAACUACAAAUUUAACGACGUUUCCACGGCGCUGGCGCUUUUGAUUUCCCGGGGAAUCGGGACUUUCCGGGUCUCGAUCAGCUUUUCCUUAUUUUCGAGGCGCGCAUCAGUAACGUUUUGUCACUGCAACAGUGGAAUAAAAAAGGAAAGUUCUGUUUAAAGUAGGAAAAAAAAAGAAGAAAAAUGAGCGUUGACGAUAUCCUUAACUAUACACCUGAUGAAAAUGAAGAUCUUUACGCGCUUCUAGGAUGCGAUGAAUCUGCUACGGUUGAGCAGAUAACUGCCGAGUACAAGGCUUUAGCUCUUCAGUAUCAUCCCGAUAAAAAUGAAGGGAACAAGGAAGCAGAGGCGAAAUUUCAACAACUUAAAAAUGCCAAGGAGAUAUUAUGUGACCCUGAAAAAAGGAGCAAUUACGAUAAAUGGCGACACAGUGGGAUCUCGAUUAGUUAUAAAAAGUGGCUUGGAAUGAAGGAGUCAGUUCACCAGUCUAUGCACUGGAGUACACCAAAGACGAAGGAUAGGAUGUUGCCUGAUGGCACAAGUGCCGGUGGUUCACCGGGUCAUUUAAGAAGUCAACCAAUGAAUGCUCAUAGACGAGCAUCAGAAGGCGGUGCAAAUAUUCAUUAUGGAGCGCGUAAAGAUCUUAAUUGGGAAUCACAACCUCCAAGUGAGGUUGUCAAUAAAUUUCGCAAUUAUGAAAUUUAAAAUCCCAACGAACCGAUGAAAAAUAUUUGAAAAGCGUUGCAUUUCUAAUGGCCCAUAUUAAUAUUUGACGACUGCAAAUAUAUAUUUAAAAAAAAUCAACCGAAUAUACGUGAUGAAGAAAUGAAGUAGGUGUGUUAAAAUUUAAAAAAAAAAUCUUUUUUCACUGUCCAACAAAAACUUACAAAUCGUCAAUUCAAAGAGCAAACAAAAAAAAUUAACUAUUUUUAAAAACGAGGCACGAGAUUAUUAAUACAAAUUUAUAUUUAUUAUUUAAAAUUUUUAAAUUUUUUUUUUUUUCUGAAUAAACUCACAGGGAUUACUAUAUAUAUGAAAAAAGCAAAAUCGAAAGGGACCAGAAAUUGAGAAAUGACUUCAAAUGAUAAAAAGAGAACAGAUUAUAGAUAUGAGCAGAAUAUCACUUAAUAUUUACAUAGAUAAAAUAUAAAAAAGAGAUGAAUCUAAUAUAUUCUAUUUUUGCUGUUAUAUUCUUUAUGUAAAAAAAAAAAGAGAAACCGUUGGACAGUGCUCAUCCUAAAAGACGUAAAUAAAUGAAAAAUAAUUGAUUUUACUUUCUAAAUUUUGUCCUUUAGAUUAAAAAAAAAAAAGUAAAAUCAUUUAUUUCUCUUCCUAUUUGCAAAAAAAAAAUCUCUGCGAAAAAAAACGUGAAUCGUGAAUUUAAAAGUUGUUUUUUCGCAAAAAUAUAAAUGUAAGUCUAAUAUUUGUUAAGAGAUAUAUAUAUAUAUAUAAUAUUGUCGUUUCAAAAGUAAAAAUGUUGCCCGUUAUACGGCGGAGGACUCAAGACUUGGGCCAAAUAUAUAUAUAUAUAUAUAAAAAAAAUUUUAAAUUCACCAAAUAUAUUUAUAUAUAUAUAUAUAUUUAGAAAUAUUUUUCCACAUCAAAUUUUUUGUCAAAUUCCUUUUUUUUAUUAUAAAUUAUUAUAUUAAGAAAAAAAAAUGUUCACAAUCAUAUCAAAUAUAAGAAAUUUAUUAUAUACGACACGAAAAAAUUCGAAAAAAAAAAUCCUGAAAAAUUUAUUUUUAAGUAUAUAAAGAAUAAUUUUUCAAGUAGGUAAAAAAGAAAACUUAAGCUUUAGUCCUGCUUUUGUGUAACGGGCUUUAAAAAGGAAAAAAAUAUGACACUUUGCCCCUUGUGUCUGAAAAAAUAGUGUUUUCGUUUCCUGCUAUUGCGGAGCUUUAGACCUCGCAUGUAUGUAGUGGCAAUAUAUAGAAAUGUGUUUAAAAAAAAAAAAAAAAAUCAACUUUGUUUUUGUAAAUCAAGAAAAAUUGUUAACAUUUUUCUUUUUUGAAAAAAGAAAAAUUUUUUACGUGACGUGAAUCAUUCCACUUUAUUUUCCUUUUAUCAAAAAAAAAAGUUUGCCGAGGAAAAUUUUUUUUUUUUCUUUUUAAACUUGGAAAAAACUUUCUAGAUAUCAAAAGUUAUAAUUCUUUCUAUACUGGCUGUGUGGUUCUUUAAGAUAAAAAAAAAUAAUAAUAAUAAUAAUUCUUUUAAAAAGAUUUUUUAAAAAAGUUCUUUAAAAUUUUUUUUUAGUUACUUUUUUAAAAAUCGUAAUUAUAUAAUAACUGUCGGAAAAUGUGCAAAUGUUACAUAUAUAUAAAUAAAUAUACUUAAUGUUUUAUUCCCUGUUGUCAAUAAAAAAAAAUAUAUAUAUGUAUAUGAAUGAAUUUUUUUUGUUAAGCUAUUAAAUAAUUUAGUAUAAUAAUAAUUUUGAGAAUAUUUUUAAUCUUCAAAAGUAUUAUAGAUUUAUAAAUAAGCUCAUUUAAAAUUGUUUAAAAAAAGAAAAUGUAAAAUUUUCUUUUAAAAUUAAUUAAAAUUUUUGAAAAAUAUUUUUGUAAAUCUCUCUUUUUUUCUAAAGGGAUUAUUUUUAUGCUUUAAUUUUUUUUUGUUUUUUUUCUUUAUAGCUAUUAAAAAUAGUAAUUACAACCGACGUUAUAUAAAUUAUUGAAGUUCCCUCGAAGUGACUUCUUGCGAACCCGUAUGCUACGUACCUGUACCUUGUCUAUAUAUUUUUUUAGAAAAAAAAGCGAUAUAUAUAUAUAGGGUGGAGAAUAAUUUUCAACUUAUCCGAAGUGAUUAAAUUGAAAAUAAUCCAAUAUUUGUCAGUAACGGGAUAAAAAAAAAGUUUUUUUUGAAAAUUCGGAAAUGUUGGAAAUUUUACAUUUCUGCCAGUAAUAAAAAAUAAUAAUAAUAAUAUAUCCAGGAAAUUGUGUAUGUUAAAAAAACAAUAAAGGCACAGUAUUGGGUUUUUCAAAAUUAUAUCAAAAAAAAAUUUUUAAAAAUCUUGAUUUAGACUUUUCUAUAUUAAUAAUUCUGCCAAUAAAUUUAAAAACUUGAUUUAUUUAGAAAAAAAAGUUAUUAUUUUUGAAGCAUCCAAUACGAGUGAUUUUAAAUGUAGUUUGCAUACCAUAUAGUCAAUCUUAAAAAAGAGAGAGAGAAAGGGAGAGAGAGAGAGAGAAAUAUGUACAAAAAUCUGUCAUUGGUAUCGUUGGGUGUGUAUCAAAAAAAGAAAAAUAAAGAUAGAUAAUGAAAACCUUGUGAAAUUGCGUUUCAAUAAAUGUAUUUAAGUAAAACUGGUAA